AUGACAAGUUACAGGAACGGGGGAUUUUUCAACCAUGCAUACCAUGACACCGAGACUCUGGAAAUUGAUAGAAGGGCUUCCAGCAAAACCCAUCAUACUAACCCCUAUGACAAUGAAGACCCAACCUGGUGGGGUGACAGGGCUAGCAAUGAUGCUGCUAUAGGGAAAGUGCCUCAAGGUGGCUGGCAGGAAGAAAGCUGGAGGGGUAGCGAAAACAUCCCAAUGGAUGCCAUCUCCAUACGCCCAAGGAGUCCUCCAAGGCACCAUGGACCCAAUCACAGUAUAUUUGGGAUGGACCCUGAAUAUAAUCAGUCAAGAUCUAUUCCACUUCCAUCGUCUUCAGGAAACAUGACAAUGCGGUGGAGAGGAAUAGCGAUGAGAAGGAUGAGCAUGUUUCCUAAUGCAGAUCAUACCCAAACAGCUUUCACAGAGGAUGCCAUCUGGAAUGAGAUGCAAAAUGAGCAACAAAACCUGCUCGAGGAACUUGCUGCUCUGUCAACACGAGACAGAAUCCAGGCCAUUCGGAAUCUUCCAAUGAGCUUUAAAGAGAAGAAACAUAUCAGGAAAGAAUUGGAAUUACAGUCUUCCAAGAAGUCUCGCCAAUUCACAUGUUUGGCAGAUUGCUCUGAAAAGCUGUCUCUGUUUUCACGAAAAUGCGGGUACCAUGUAAAGUCAGCCAAGCAGACCCUGGAACUGUGGCAAGGCGCUAUGAAAAGUAUUGGUGGGAAGUUUGGGACCAGUGUUCUCACCUAUUUUGUGUUCCUGAAGUGGCUUCUCAUGUUUAACAUUUUCUCAUUCCUGGUCAACUUCGGCUUUGUCACCAUCCCUCUGCUUGUUUACAAGCAAACCCCAAACAUUUCUCAAAAUGUGAAUAACGUACCCCAAAAUGCGACCUUCAGAGGACUGGAGAUACUAACUGGAGCUGGUUACUUCAACUAUACGGUCAUGUACUACGGUAGCUACAGCAAUGAAGCUCUGGUGGGUUACAACAUGCAGCUGGCCUAUUUCUUCACCAUUGCAGUCUAUAUGGUGCUAUGUGGAAUUUCACUUAUUUUCAGCAUGGCAGUCAAUUUCAAGAACAACUAUGUACUAGCAGACUCGACAUCAAAUAGUGCAUGGCAACUUCUUUGCACCUGGGAUUUUAGUGUAACCAAUGAGAAAGCAGUGAAACAGCGCAGGAACAACCUUUGUGUCCAGCUCAAGGAGUCUUUAUCAGAAACAGCCCAGCAGGAGCGACUUACAGUCUCUGAAAAACUGAAGCACUAUGGGAUUCAUUUUGGUUGCUGGCUUCUCUCCACAAGCUUGGCUUUUGGUUGUGCAGCCAGUAUUCACUUUCUCUGCAAGUAUGAGAAUAAGGUUUUACCGCCGGCAACAAACAUUACCAGUUGGUCUCUGCCUGACGAGGCAAAGACACUCCUGGUUCCCUUUGUGGUGUCUUUAAUAAACCUGGUUAUUCCACUCUUCUACUCCCUCUUCAACAAAUUUGAGCAUUACUCCACCCACCGCAAACAGAUAUAUGCUCUGUUGAUCAGAAAUGUCUUUCUCAAGAUGUCCAUUCUAUCUGUUUUGUGUUAUUAUUGGAUGAGUAUGGUGCCUUCUAAAGAUCCAUGUUGGGAGUCCAUGGUAGGACAGUCUUUGUACCGUCUGGUCCUUUUUGACUUCCUUUUCCUGAUGUUGGGAUCUUUCUUUGGAGAGUUUCUUAGCAAUGUGAUCGGGACAAAAUUAAUACCACGCAUGGGGGUUCCUGAGUUUGACGUAGCCAGAAAUGUCCUUGAACUCAUCUAUUCACAGACGCUGGCCUGGAUUGGAAUCUACUUCUCUCCUUUGCUACCUGCCAUGCAGAUUCUCAAAUUCCUCAUCCUGUUUUAUCUAAAGAAGGUCAGUCUCACACAUAACUGUCAGCCCCCGCGGCGAUCUGGCAGGGCAGCUCAGAUGCAAACCAUCUUCAUCUUCCUGCUCUUCUUCCCGUUCUUUGUGGGAGCCCUGUCAAUUGUUGCAUACACUGCCUGGAGCCUGACUCCCUCAGAGGUCUGUGGCCCUUUUCAUGGACUCAACAAUUCCUUCAGUGCGGUUGAUGUCUGGAUAGAUGAUCUAAAAAACACCACUGGCUCUCAGUGGGUCAUCGAGAUUUACAAAAAUGUCAUCCGCAGUGAAAUCUUCUAUUUUCUGAUCACACUCAUCAUCCUUGUCAUCAUAUACAUAUUGUGGCAAGUCACUAAUGGCCGAAAGGAGCUUAUUCGUCGUCUGAGACAACAGAUUGUCAAUGAAGGGAAAGACAAGUCCUUCUUGUUAGAAAGAUUACAGGACCUUCAAAAAUCUAUCCUAAACAAAAACACCAAACAGAAGAAAGAAAAAGGGAGCAUGAAACAGCAUUCAGAUGAUCGCUCAUCUGGUGAUCAGUCCAACUCAAAUGCCAUGGUUCAAGCUUUACUUGCACGUCAGCAACUUGAAGAGGAGGAGAAAAGAUACAGCAUUGGUGGAGUACCUGUUCCUUCUGAAAUGUCCAACUCUAGUCCUCUGAUGCAAGCCAUGUUGGCCCGUCAACUAGCUGACCAGGAGAAUGAAGAUCAGUAUCCGAUGCAUGAUGAAAACCCGUCAUCUUCCAGUGCACUUGCUCAGGCCAUGGCAGCCAGAAACAGGGUGGAGGAUGAAGAGAAUAAUCAAUAUGACAUUUUCAACAGAUCCAGUGCCGUCACACAGGCCAUGCAAGCCAGAAGAAGAGCAGAGGACACAGACGAUGACAUGGGUGACCUGCAGUCUCCAGUGUCAAGUGUCAUGAUGCAGGUCAUGCAGGCCAGGCAGCAAGCACAGGAAGAUGACAGAAUUCAGUGGAUGACUGCUCCGCCACAAAACCCUGGGCCUUCAGGCUCCAGUGCUCUUAUCCAGGCCAUGCUAGCCCGGCAGGAGGCCCAGAAUGAAUACGAUGAUGGUUACUGAACAAAAUGCUGAGUUUUAUCUUACUGUGAUGAAAAAACAGAUGUAUGAAA